GCUGCCCGGCGGGCGCCGGCUCAGUGCGGGGCGCAGCGCGGAGCCCGCUCGGGACUCACCCACCCCCCCCCCCCCGCGGCGGGUGGGACGGCGGCGGCGGGUGACUUCGCGGCGGCCCCAUGUUUUCCCCUAGCCAGGAGGAGCACUGCGCGCCUAACAAGGAGCCCGUCAAGUACGGGGAGCUGGUGGUGCUGGGAUAUAAUGGAUCCCUCCCUAAUGGUGACAGAGGACGCAGGAAAAGCAGAUUUGCCCUUUAUAAGCGACCGAAGGCAAAUGGAGUUAAGCCCAGCACCGUUCACGUCAUUUCUACUCCUCAAGCAUCAAAGGCAAUCAGCUGUAAAGGUCAGCACAGUAUCUCUUACACAUUAUCCAGAAACCAGACUGUUGUAGUGGAGUAUACCCAUGAUAAAGAUACAGACAUGUUUCAGGUUGGGAGGUCAACAGAAAGCCCCAUUGACUUUGUAGUAACAGAUACUAUUUCUGGAAGUCAAAAUAAUGAUGAAACCCAGAUUACGCAAAGCACCAUAUCCCGUUUUGCGUGCAGGAUUGUUUGUGACAGGAGCCCACCAUAUACAGCAAGGAUUUUUGCAGCUGGAUUUGACUCAUCUAAAAAUAUAUUUCUUGGUGAAAAAGCAGCAAAGUGGAAAAAUCCUGAUGGCCACAUGGAUGGAUUAACAACAAACGGGGUGCUGGUCAUGCAUCCAAAAGGAGGGUUCACGGAGGAGUCCAAACCUGGAGUUUGGCGGGAAAUCUCGGUCUGUGGUGAUGUGUACACUCUCCGGGAAACCAGAUCUGCUCAACAAAGGGGGAAACUGGUAGAAAAUGAGACCAACGUCCUCCAAGAUGGCUCUCUCAUUGACCUGUGUGGAGCCACCCUUCUGUGGAGAACGGCAGAUGGACUGUUUCACACUCCAACUCAGAAACACAUUGAAGCUCUGCGACAGGAGAUAAAUGCUGCCAGACCACAGUGUCCUGUUGGGUUAAACACUUUAGCAUUUCCCAGCAUCAACCGUAAAGAUGUGGUAGAAGAGAAGCAGCCUUGGGCAUACCUCAGCUGUGGUCAUGUUCAUGGCUAUCACAACUGGGGACAUCGCAGUGACACAGAAGCCAAUGAGCGGGAAUGCCCUAUGUGCAGAACCAUUGGCCCCUAUGUGCCUCUUUGGCUCGGUUGUGAAGCAGGCUUUUAUGUGGAUGCUGGUCCUCCAACUCAUGCUUUCACCCCUUGCGGACAUGUGUGCUCUGAGAAGUCUGCAAAAUACUGGUCUCAAAUCCCACUGCCUCAUGGUACUCAUGCAUUUCAUGCUGCCUGCCCUUUUUGUGCAACACAACUGUCUGGGGAACACAACUGCGUCAAGCUAAUUUUUCAGGGUCCAAUUGACUGAUAUCACUUUGCAGCGACCACAAUAACAUUUUCUUUAACAAUUUACUGUGAAGAUUUUGCCACUAACUCUAGAUUUUACCUUUUUUUAUAAUGUUAUUAGUAGGGUGGUAGGGUGGGGAUGGGGAACCGACAAGGAAAUAGUGAGGGACUGUGGUGGAAUUGGGAUACAUUGAUACCUGGAACUUGACAGAUAUCAGUGGUGUUGCAUGCUCAAAAGCAGCAUAUUCAUGAAGUCUUCUUGGUCAAAUUGUAGUAUAUUUGUAAUCUUUUUAUUAGUACCCUGGAUCAGAAAAAGGUGUCUUAAUGAUUUUUUUUAAGCUAAGAUUUUUUAAUGAGAGGUUUUUUCUUCUAAACUUUGACAAACCUUUAAAACCUAUUUUUCAAAUCCAGAAGGAACAUACAGAAUGUAACUGUCUUUAAUUUGCAAUAUAAUUUAACUUGAAUAGUUUCUCAAGGAGCUAAUACAAAAAUGUGUGGACAGCCAUAGGUGAAUGUUCACUAGAGAUAAUUGGAUAUGUAAGAGAAAAAUUAGCUGCCUAAAUUGUUGAGUAUAAAAGCUAUUAAAAUAUCUAUUAUGGUAUAUCACAGCUGGCCAAAAAGGCAUCAAGGAUUACUUGAAACUGAGGAAAUCCCAUUUGCAUUGAUUUCCUUUCAGUGUAAUAGAUAUCCACUGUUCAUUAUGUAUGGUAUAUGCCUGACUUUUUUUAUUUUUUUUUUUUACUUUUUUUUUUUUACCUCUUUAACCUGCAUCUGGUAAAACUGCUUUACUCUUUUACAUACAUAGUUCUGGUUUUUAAACCAAUAUUCUGUAUAUGUGUAGUCUGGCCUUUUUAUUUCUGCUUAACUUAGCUUGCCCUAACUGCUCCUUGCAUGCCCAGGACCAUUGGGUUGAUCGAGAUGUAGCGAGCCUUUAAAAACUGCAUUAAUGAAGGGGUAGUGCCGCACCAAGACAGAAGGUUUAGGUACAGCUCAUACAGAACUUAUUUACAUAGCCCUGAAUUCAGGAAAGCACUUAGUUCAUGUUUAAGUAUAAGCCCAUGGAUGGGACUGUUUAGAUUCUCAAGUGCUUCAAUGGAUUGUGGUUAUAUGCUGUUAUGUUUUGAAAUAAAAAAGCAAUUAAAAAUAAGUUAUUUUUUUUAAGCUCACUUACUAGCCAAAAUGCUGUAAGGAGAGCAUCAUUUCUAGUUCAGCUGAGUAUUUUGGUUCAGUUUUCAACUUGCUGCCAUCUGUCACCUUUUUUUUGCAGAUUGAGAUGUGUUUGUAUCCAUUUUUUUCAAAUGUUUGCAAAUCAAACAACAUUCAAAUGUAAUCAAAUAUAUGCACCAGGGUGGUACAUCUAAAGUGGUUCACUUGAAAUUCCUGACUUUUUAAGAGAGCUGAUAAAUGUUUACUAUGGAAAUAAUUAAAUCAGAAUUUCAUAUGAGAUGUACCCCGCCCACUGUUAGUUUCAUUUCAUACAGAAUGAUAACUCCUUGAUUUGUGGGUUUUUUCCUUUUGCUUUCUGUACUCUUGGUAUCUGAGGUAUCAAUCUAUCCAGGCUUAAAAAAAAAGAAAGAAAAAGAAAUUGGGAGAAAAUUAUAACAUCUCUAGAUUAAAUUGAUCAUUCAAGCUCAGUUCUGUUUAAUCAACUAUAGCUUUUUGCUAUAUUUGUGCCCUUUGUAUAAAUAUAUAAUUUAUAUGAUUUUAAUAUAUUCUGUAUAUAUAUACUUGAAUUGGCCUGUUCAUAUUUUGGUUGUAAAAUUGUUUUAUAGUUAACCUUAUAAACAUUUUACAUGUCCCUUGCUAAUGGUGAUGGGGACGUACUUUGUCUGCUGCUGUUUUUAAUAUAAUUUUGCUGUAUAAAUGUUCAGCAUUUGACUAAUUUGAAAAUAGCUUUACUUUUCUUUUUAUGCUUUUGCUGUUAAAAAAUUUUCUGCAACGUUUUCUCCAAAAAUCCCAAACUGUACAGUUUUUGUCCCACUGAGUGAUUGGAAAUAAGAUGAAUCUUGUUAACCUAAAACUAUAUUGCUUCUUCCUAGUGCCUUUUCAAUGAGAUCCUCUCGUGAUUCUGUAUUCCAAGUCCUUACUCCCACAAGACAACCUUGUGGCUAAUCUUCAAGAGUGGCAGCCCAGCCGGAUUGGGAAGAAACGCCUUUGGCCUUCAGUUCCUUGUCAUGGUCUCUGUCAUAAACGUGAAGGUGCCUCUUCCUUGUUUAUGUUCAGUACAAGUUCCUCAGGUCCCAUAUGCAUACUGCAGCAUUAUUUCUAUUUAGCAUAUACCUCAUCUGUGAGAGGCAGUCUCACCUCCACCUCGUUCUUACUGGACUCUGAAAUACUUCACUUUGUUGCUCACACGGGAUGCUGUGAAAACACUUUCAGAACGUGUUCCUUGUUGAAUUAAGGCCACGAGCUGUGUGCUGGGGCUGGUGGCCAGAGGUCUGGAGCUCUGUGUACGACAGCUUCGCGGGUCUGGGGUGGCAGCUGUACUGCUGAGCUGACCAGGACUUGCAUGUGUAGUCUCCCACUGUAAGCCUGCAGGUUCCCAGGCAUCUCUGUUCUCGAGCUGCUUUACUUUCUUCCUUCGCUGUUGCAGUUUAAUGGCUGCUUCAGGACUUCAUAUAGCUGUGCCCUGAGCAAAGGGCCUGUGCUUUGUUAGAAGAAUCCUCACUGGAAGCACUAGCACAUCCUCUGGUUGGGGUGCGUUUGGUUUGCAUGAAGUGGAAGACUGGCUAAUGGUUUGUGUCUGAGGGAAGUGUCCGUUUGAAAAGACCUGUUUCAAGCGAGAUUUUUGUUUCUUUCACUGUCGGCAAUUCUGCAAGAAGUACUGCAGGAAGGAGAACUCUCCUCUUAUCUGGGAAACAAGCUUCCACGGUUCUUUUGCAUGAAUCCAGGUACUUUGCCUUUAACCUGUAUUCAAAUCUGGGUUGAGUCCCACAGAGCUGGAUUUACUGGGAAGGCAGAAGACUUUGUAGCAUUAUUUUUCUCAAACGCUACUGCCACAUAUGCUGCUCUAAUGAAAUCAUGGACCAUUUGGCUGCUUAGCCCUUUUUUCCUUCCCUCAUCUCAGUAAAUGUACACCUUCACUGGUCUGGUAACUUGACAGGAGAAAGUAGUUUCUGGAUCAAUAUGACUGGUUUUGUUAGGAGUGAGUAAACUUGAGAACCACCCUUUAACUUUGUUUUGAGAGUUUAUUUCAUGAUUUGAGUGUUACGAUAUUUCUUACGUACCAUUUCAAAUGCUGGCAGUGUAUUCUGCAAGGCUUUUAUUAACCUGUUACUGCUGAUUCUAUUUAAAUGUUUCAAAACCAGUUUUGACUGCGUAACUUACAGUUAAAAGUAUUUUUCUAGUAUGAUCUUCAAAGAAAAAAAAAAAUCUGCUAUACCCAUGCAUGCUGGAACUGUAACACUUCCCUUUUUCCUGGCAGCUUUUUGAUAGAGUGCUGAAGUCUAAAUAGAUGACGGAGUGGUAAGCGUUGUUCUUAUUUUGAAUCGCGGUCCAAGUUGUACAAAAGAGUUAGCAUGAUACUGUGUUUUAGUCACAAAUUUUUUUUCAAGUUUGGUCACUUUGUGCCUCAGGGUACAGUAGUAGUACUGUACUGGCAGAGUAUUUAAAGGAGGAAAUUAUUUUUUUUUUUUUUUUGUAAGGCUGGGAAUGGAGCUCAGAAGUGAUGAAAGCCAUUGUCAGGCUGGUUCCAGUAGGGACAGACCCACCUUGAAGCAAAGGAACUGAUCAGAAAAGUGAUUGUAGCUGUUCCCUCUUUCAGACCUGGUUUAUGCUCUUAAAAGGAUUCUCCUUGGUUCAUUAGGAAGCUCUGCGAUGACAGGAAAGAUCUUCCCAACAAAACACUCUUUUUUAAUGGCAGUUUGUGGAAUUUGAGGGCUCCGCUUCAGAGCCUGAGCGAGGAGCAGAGGUGCUGAGCAUACCGUAGGGAGAAACUGCAAUAGUCUCUGAACAGAACUCACCUUCUAACUCCAUGCACCACCCAAAAGAAACUGUUGGUUGUAACUCUCCCUUUAGUGCUGUUGCAGUAGCUGAUUGCUUUGCUCACCAUUUUUUUUUAGUUUUCUGGAAGUGGAAGGAAGCUUUGCCAAGCCUGUCAUGUUUCUGUUCAUCCAGCUCAUGGUCCUGACACUUUUCUGGGGUCAGAGAACUGUUGGUAGUGAUCUGGCCAUCAUGAGAACUGAGAGGGGCAUUUAAAUAUGGUUUUAGUGCGGUAGGAAAACUGACCUGGCUUGACUCCUGCUCUUGCUUUUAAAGUAGAGCUGCAAAUACGCUUUUGAAAUGAGCUGUGCUUGUCCAUUCUUUGUAAAGGAACGCUCGGUCACGGGUGGUUAAGUCUUAUUUUCCCUGAGCCUUGUUAACAUGCAGUGUUGGACGAGAAGGGGACUUGGCAGGUAGGGUGAUGGGAACAGAUAGGAACCAGAAAUCUGUUAGGUGCUUGAGCCGCAUGGGUGCGGACAGCCCAGCGAUUCUGCAGUAUUCUGGCCAAGGAUUCCUCCUCCUCCUCGUUUGCUCAGUUUUCAGCCUCUUGUAAGUUCUUGGCUCCUCUCAUUUUCUAUUUAUCCAUGUAGCUGCAGGUAAACAAGUAAAUAUAGCAUGGAAAGGAAACAAGGAAGAGAAUUAGAGAGAUACCUUCGGGCUUGCUUAUCUCUUCAAGGAAAAUAUAAAUUGGAGUUGCAAAUGUCUUUUACAGACUUUCUUGUUAUACUGAUUUUUAUAAGCACUCUUCACAAGUCUUCACACUUGGUGUUGUGAAUUAAAAGGCAAAACUUAGAAAGUAAGGCUGUUUUUGGGGGGGUGGAGGGUGGAGAGGGGGGUAGUUUCUAGGAUGAAGUCGCAGUAGUUCUGCAGGCCCUGUGCAAACCGUGUCCCACUGCCCGCAGCGGACACUUCAGUCUUGAAGGAACAGUAGAGUCAGCCUCGACAGGUGGUGAAGAUAGAGCUUCAGUUUCUGUGUUGAUCAAAGUUUUCAUUUAUUGUCAGUGGAACAAAAAUACGAAUUGCGUGAACAGCCAAACUACAGAUGAAACUGGUGGCUGUCAAGAUUUCCUUUUAAUGGGGCGUGUUUAUACUUUCCUGGUGGGCAAGCCAGUCUUCGAGUCACCUGGAAGUCCCUUCUGUUUGUGUCAUGGUGAUUAGGGAUGGGGAUCACUUUCUUCUCAGAUCAAAUACAUGAUGGAGAGCCCCUGGAAGGCUCCUUCUUGUGGCGCAACCAUAGGAAAAGUCUCGUUCACACAUUGAGCCCUGUACGAUGGAGAAGUGAUGUUUACCUUUAAAUGGUGUUAGCAGCUGCUAAAACUUCUGGGUAUAUUUGUAAAAUUGGUCUUUUAUACGCCAUGUGAGGUGGACUGAAAUAAUUUCUUCGCUCUUGUACCUGUGGAAGUACAAGCCAUUUUGCAGGGGGAAAAAAAAAAAACCAAACCAAAACAAACAAACUUAAAAAAAUAAUAAUUAAAAUACUAUCUCAGUAUUGUCACUGACUCCUUCAGUUCUUUUCCCUGCUGGUUGGUUGUCAGAGUUUAACUUUGAUUUGCAAAAACAUAUAAAUAACUUCAGAAACAACUGGUUUCUCUUACUCUUUUAUCCUCCUUCUUCUACUCCUCCACAAACAAAAGCCUAAGCCUUUGAUUGAGGAUUCUUAAGUAUUCAAGGUAGUGGAGUGUAUUCAGGUGUGAGUGCCCCGAAAUUUCUGUUAAUUCACUUCCCUGAUUUUUUAAAUUGAACUGUUUGUUUUCAAUGCCAACUGCCUUCUUGCGGUGUUAACAUAAUUGCUAAAUAAAAGCAAUUUCCAGGAAUAA